UCUGUAACACAACAUCAUUAAAUUUGUACUUAUCCUCGAUCGGCGCGUCCUUUCCCUUUUGUGUUCCAACUUGCUAUAGUCUCUCCCUAUAUAUACAAGUCCUUUCCCCUUCGUGCUUCCAACUCCUUGUUAUAGUAGGUGAAAGAGCGAACCUAUAAAUAUUUAUAUAUAUACAUUCAACCAAUUUCAGGUUCAGGUCUACAACCCGGUCGAGAGUUCUUUGCUUUAGCAACGACAUGCCAGGCUUCAUCAUGAAAGCUAAACACGAUGCAGCGUCUUCUUCUUCUUCUUCUUCAAUUGUAAUGGAUGAUCAAAAGCCUAGUUCAACCUCUCCAAAGUCAGUUUUGGGAAGAUUACGGCGCAAACUGUCUCCAAGAAAGAGGGAAAACCCUUCUCUUUCAACUGAUUCCGAGGCAAUUAGCAAACACUGCAGCGAGCUCCAAAGGGUGUUCGAUUACUUUGACGAAGAUGGAGAUGGUAAAAUAUCUCCAGCCGAGUUGGAAAGCUGCGUGAGGACUACUGGGGGCAAACUGUCCAUGGAUGAUGCAGAAGCAGCCGUGAGCUCGUCUGAUUUGAACGGGGAUGGGCUGCUUGACUUCGAGGAAUUCCAGAAGCUAAUGGAGGCAAGCAGAGACGAGGAGAAGAAUGAGGAGCUCAGACUGGCUUUUGGGAUGUAUGAGAUGGAGGGGUCCGGGUGCAUCACCCCCACCAGCUUGAAGAGGAUGCUCAGUCGACUCGGCGACUCCAAGUCCAUCGAAGAUUGUAAAGCCAUGAUUCGAAAGUUUGAUCUCAAUGGAGACGGCGUUCUCAGCUUUGAAGAGUUCAGCUGUAUGAUGCGCUAAUCCAUAUACCCAUUGCCCAUUACUCAUUAGCUUGGAAUCUUUUUCCGUUGUCAUUAUUUUAUUCCAUAUUUGUCAAUGAAAGAUUUCCAUGCUCUUGUAAAAAUUUCAGCAUAUUUUAGAUUCAA